CUUAUUAGGGCUGGCCAGGAGCAAGGGCUAGGGUUUGGCGGCGUCGGGGGGUGGGGCAACAGUGCAGCAAGGCGGCGGCAGGCAUCAAUCUCUCCAGGCGCCUCCAGGCGCCGGGCUGUAUCGGCUCGUUUCACAAUUCCUGGGAAUUGUGGUGCCUGAGCCCAUGAGCAUAGAAGGAAUGCCAAUCAUCUAUGGUGUUGGGCGGUUUGCACCGCCUCCAAUUGUUAGGCUGGCGAAAGGGGGCAUAGUUUGGACGGGACUAGGAGGGCUGUUGAUGCAGCGUCAUGGAUGAGUCGUGCUUUUGGCAGCAGUUGUCCUGCUGCGAUGACAAAUCGUCAUGGUUCUGCCGGUUCUGAAAUGGACGAAGCUGCUCGAUGCGUCCUAGGCUCUAGUUUUUGCGGUUUAGUCCUCCGGGAUGGAGGAUCUCGGUACCCGGCUCGCAGAUGGAAGACAUCGUUAGAACGUACUUCAGAUAUUUUCAGCUACCGUAUUUAUGUAGAGGGGGGUUUCAGCAGCUCAGGAAAGGCCUAAUCGUAACAGUUGAAUGCACAAGACCUCAAUCAUGCAAAGGUACAAAGUAAUCAAGCAAUUGGGGGACGGUACUUAUGGAACUGUUUGGAAGGCUGUGAAUAAAGUUACUAAUGAGACUGUUGCUAUAAAAAAAAUGAAAAGAAAAUACCUUUCUUGGGACGAGUGCAUGAACCUGAGGGAGGUGAAGUCGCUGCGGAAGUUGAACCAUCCGAAUAUAGUCAAGCUGAAGGAGGUUAUCCGGGAAAAUAACGAGCUAUUCUUCGUUUUUGAGUAUAUGGAGUGCAAUCUUUACCAAAUGAUGAAGGACAGGCAGAAGCUUUUUCCAGAAGCAAAGAUACGGAAUUGGUGCUUUCAGGUGUUGCAGGGUCUGGCUUAUAUGCAUCGCGAGGGAUACUUUCACCGAGAUCUGAAGCCAGAAAAUUUACUUGUUACGGUCGAUGUUAUCAAAAUUGCCGAUUUUGGUCUUGCACGUGAAGUGCGGUCUCGGCCACCAUACACGAAUUACGUCUCUACUCGAUGGUACCGUGCCCCGGAGGUGUUACUGCAGUCGUCUCUGUACAACUCUGCGGUCGACAUGUGGGCAAUGGGUGCUAUCAUGGCUGAGCUUUUCAAUCUCAGGCCUAUCUUUCCUGGCGCUAGUGAAGCGGAUGAAAUAUAUAAGAUCUGUAGUGUUUUGGGCAAUCCAUCUCAAGCUACUUGGCCAGAUGGAAUGAAACUUGCAAAAUGCAUGAAUUUCCGCUUCCCGCAGUUCGUGCCAGCUAAUCUUUCGGCUCUUGUACCUUCCGCGAGUGCUGAGGCGAUUGAUCUGAUGAAGGCAAUGUUCGCUUGGGAUCCUUUGAAAAGGCCGACGCCAUCGCAGGCCCUGCAACAUCCGUUUUUCCAGGUGGGUGCGUGUAUACCACCCUCGAUUCCGUUCCAGGAACUUCGUGAAAACAAAGUAGCUCUUGCAAAAGUUACAUCUCAGCCUGUCAAGGGUGAAGUGACAGCGGCCCGAAGCAGCCUCAUAAGGCAGGCGCGCUACAAGCCGUUCGUGAAUCCAUCUGACGUGUACCGGGCUCCACCUCCAGCAUAUGUGUCGCCUCUGUUGAAUCCAACCGAUCUCAAGGAUUCGUUUAGGAGUCAGAUUGCGCUUGGAGGAGCCGAGAAGAUAUCCUCACAAGCCAGUGGCAAGCAACAACACUGCAAUGACUACUUCCAGUCAGUGAAGCCGCACUUUGGUCACGCUCCCUAUGGAGCGGCGGCUUUCGGCUACAACGAUUUGGCUGGAGUGCCUCCUUCUAGGUACUAAGAUUUGGAGAGUGGUUUUAAGUUUGAUCUCUGCCAGGCCCGGCGUAAGCAUAAGUCCUCUCCUGCGAGAAGAGGAAACUAAACUAAGGUGCUUUGAUACUAGAGGAAGCAUUCUCUGAUUUGAUGCUGGGCUGGAUGGAGAUGGUGGUGUGGUUUUUAAGAACUAAAUAAGCUGGGAAUGGAAGUGCUUUAAUGUUUGUGAAAGAAGUUGGCUGGCAAA